AGAGCAGAGCUGGGGAGGGGGGUUAGGGAGGAGGAGCCGGUGGAUUGAGCCACCUCCCUCUCUCUCAGAUCCCUAUUGUUACCUCGGACUGAGUGAGGGAGAGAAGCUUCCAGCAAACAGUGGGUGUAACGCGAGAGCUGCUAAUUGAGAUUUCUAAUGCUGCUGACCCCUCCAGGGCAUAGGCUGUGGCAAUAGUGACUGAGCCAGUGUGCAGAGAGAGAGAGCAGAGGGAACAGGCUCUGAGCGCUGUGGGGUCCUGCUCCUAGCUCCUGUCUGGCAAUAACAUUCCCAGUACCAGGAGAGCACGGCGUUGUGUUGAACAGAUAGACUUACAAACUUUCCCCUCGGUGAUCUGAGUGUGUAGCCAGCCCGCUUCCCGCCGAGGACUUGUUUACUUUGGAGUUUUAACUCAGUGGCACUUUUGUUACAGCCAGAGGAUGAAAGCCGAAGGCUGUAAGGGAGAUACCAGCAGGUAACAUCGAGCCGUGCUUGUGCCAAAGGUACACAACCUUGUAACAGUUACAGUUCCCAGGAUAGCCAGAGGAGUGAACUUUCCUGGGGAGCAAGCAGUUGGUAUUGGACAGAAGGAAACGUUCCUGGAGACAGGGAUUGAGAGCGAAUCCUUGAAGUUAAGCCUAAAACCUUAGUCGUGAGUCUGUGCCCAUCUUCCUGCCCUCUCCCUGCCUAACGGUGGCACCAGCAUCCCCCUGCUGCAGACGACCCCUUUUGGAUGUGUUUGACUCGGACUGGCUGUUGUACUUCGCUUGAAGGAUCCCUAGAAGACACUUUCUUGUCAGUGUGUUCUGUGAGGAAGGAUAUCUGGGAUUGCCUCAGUCCCUUUCCCGUCACACACACACCUUGAUGGACUGAGACAUUGCAUGGACCAGCCUGAGGUAUUGCUACGGCAGUUAUUAAACUUUCCUCGGGUGUGCUGAAGUUUCUCGGAAAGACAUCCAGCAGUUGGAGAACUGGUGCACUGAACUCUGCCAAUAAGAGAAAGGAACAACUGAGAUAAGAAGAAUUGGAGAGCCCUCCAUCCCCCAACAUCACCAAUGAGUGCCCUGAGCAGCUGAGGGACAAAGAUUGGAAACUUUAAAAUUUCUUUAAGUUUUGCUCAAAGGAAGAGGAAUGAGCCACGCGUUGUAUAAACUGUGUCUCUGCUUGUUCAUCCUCAUUGCUUUCACUGUGUUGAGAUCCACUGAAUCAAAAUUGGAAGAGAAGACCAUUCAACCAGUGUUGUUUGCCAGUGAACCUGCAGAAGCUCAGGAUCAUAUCCUCCUGAAUGUUGGCGAUGGACUCAAGUUAACAUGUGACACCAAUCGAUCGGUGAAUGUCAACUGGUACAAAGAAGACAAGCAACUUCUGUCAGAUGACAGAGUGCAUGUAGCCCGGAAGGUUCUGGAAAUUGUUGAGAUGACAUAUGAUGAUUCGGGCCUAUACCUUUGUGUGCUACGUGGAACAGGCGAGAUUCUAAGGAAUUUCACAGUGACCAUAGCAGACUCACUGUCCUCUGGUGAUGAUGAUGAAGAUGGUGGAUCUGAAGAUUCAGCUACAGAAUCCAAUGAUGGACAAGCUUAUGCUCAGAAAGGAGCACCGUACUGGACACACUUUGAGCGUAUGGAGAAGCACCUACAUGUGGUUCCAGCUGCAAACACAGUGAAAUUUCGCUGCCCAGCUGCUGGAAAUCCUAUUCCAACCAUACGUUGGCUGAAGAAUGGCCGGGAGUUCAGGGGUGAACAGAGAAUUGGAGGCAUUAAGCUACGGCAUCAGCGUUGGAGCCUGGUGAUGGAAAGUGUUGUGCCAUCUGACCGUGGUAACUAUACCUGUGUGGUGGAGAACAAAUAUGGCAACAUCAAUCACAGUUAUCAGCUGGAGGUUUUAGAGAGGUCUCCUCAUCGGCCUAUCCUGCAGGUCGGCCUGCCAGCUAACAAAUCUGUGGUGGUGGGAAGCAACGUAGAGUUUCACUGUAGAGUUUUCAGUGAUGCCCAGCCUCACAUCCAAUGGCUGAAACACGUGGAGGUGAAUGGCAGCAAAUAUGGACCAGAUGAGGUCCCCUAUGUCCAAGUUUUAAAGACUGCUGAUAUCAACAGCACGGAAAUUGAAGUCCUCUACUUGCAUAAUGUCACAUUUGAGGAUGCAGGAAAGUACACCUGCUUGGCAGGAAAUUCCAUCGGGAUCUCUUACCACUCAGCAUGGCUGACAGUUUUACCAGAAGAGGAACCCCUGAAAACAGCUGACUUCUCAGGGGCCAAAUAUACUGAUAUCUUGAUUUAUGCUGCCACCUCUCUGGCCAUCAUCUUGUCCGUGGUCAUUGUUAUAUUGUGCAGGAUGCAGGCAAGGUCCGCCAAGAGAGCUUUUGAUCCACUCCCUGUGCAGAAACUCUCCAAGUUCCCUUUCAAAAGACAGUUUUCUCGAGAAUCAAACUCCUCCAUGAAAUCAAACGCUUCCCUGGUGAGGGUGGCAAGGCUAUCUUCCAGUGGCACACUCAUGUUGGCAGGUGUUGUGGAGUUUGAACUACCAAUGGAUCCAAAAUGGGAAUUCCAAAGAGAUAAACUAGUAUUGGGGAAACCCCUUGGAGAGGGUUGCUUUGGACAGGUGGUUAAAGCAGAAGCUUAUGGGAUCGAUAAGGACCAUCCGGAUAAAGCCGUGACAGUGGCAGUGAAAUCACUGAAAGAUGAUGCUACAGAAAAAGACCUUGCAGAUCUUAUCUCAGAAAUGGAGAUGAUGAAGAUGAUGGAUAAGCAUAAAAAUAUCAUUAACUUGUUGGGUGCCUGCACUCAAGAUGGUCUGCUGUAUGUAAUAGUGGAGUAUGCAGCGAAAGGCAAUUUACGGGAAUACCUCAGGGCCAGGCGGCCACCUGGUAUGGAUUACAACUUUCACAUCACAAAGGUGCCUGAGGAACAGCUAACCUUUAAAGACCUGGUGUCUAGUGCCUACCAAGUGGCACGGGGCAUGGAAUAUUUGGCAUCUAAAAAGUGUAUCCAUCGUGACUUGGCAGCCAGGAAUGUGUUGGUAACUGAAGACAAUGUAAUGAAAAUUGCUGAUUUUGGUCUGGCGCGAGGAGUGAACAACAUUGAUUACUACAAGAAAACCACCAAUGGUCGCUUGCCAGUAAAGUGGAUGGCGCCAGAGGCCUUGUUCGACAGAGUGUACACACACCAGAGUGAUGUGUGGUCAUUUGGGGUCUUAAUGUGGGAGAUCUUCACACUUGGUGGCUCUCCCUAUCCAGGGAUCCCUGUUGAAGAGCUCUUCAAACUUCUCAAAGAGGGUCAUCGAAUGGACAAACCAUCGAACUGUACACAUGAGCUAUAUUUGCUGAUGAGGGAAUGCUGGCACGCAGUAUCUUCUCAGAGACCAACAUUCAAACAGCUUGUGGCAGAACUCGACAAGGUCUUGUCUUCAAUAUCAGACGAGUAUUUGGACCUCUCCACUCCUUUUGAGCAAUAUUCUCCCUUGUGUGAAGACAGUAAUAGCACAUGCUCGUCCAAUGACUCCGUCUUUGUUCAUGACCCUAUGUCAGAAGACCCUUGCUUACUGAAUUACCAUGACCGUAAUACUCGAAUCAGGACUUGAGAAAGAUGUCAGCCUGGAGCUCCCGGCUCAAUCUGGAUCAUUUCCCCCGUAAUUAACUCUUAUGGUACUUUGGGAAUAGUUCAAAACUGGAUGGAAAGUUAAUUUUUUAAGAUGUGCUUCUUCCUGAAAGACAUGAAGUUUCCUUUUGAAGAAGAACAUUCUCUCUCACAUAGCACGACUGGGUCAAAAUUUAAUUAAUUUUAAAUAAUCCUGAUUUAUCCAAAUUCUCACCAUUUGAAAUUGAUCAUUUUUACAAUGAAAACCAUAUUUGAAUGGAGAAAAGCUCUGUGUAUUCAGGUAUGGAGCAGUAGCAGAACUCUACAAAUGGAGCUCUGUGGUUUACGUUGGAUGGUGCUACUGAUUUUGAGCUUUGCUUCAAGAUACUGUCAAAGGAUUUGCUGCACCUAGACAUGAUGGCCUUUGGCAGUGAAGAAGCAUUAACCUUAGCUACACCAGAGAACUUAUCUGGAAUAGAAAUACACCAAGACUAGAAGAAUCUGAAAAGCAAGUUUUGUCCACUGGCAAAGCAUCAAAAAGCGAAGGAAGUAUAUUUACCAUACAGAAAUCUUGCCACGUAUUUAGUUGUGAUUCAUUGCAAACUUCAAUGAUAGGAAUAAAUCAAGUGAAAGCAUGUAAGCAUGAAAUUUCUGGACUAACGUUCCCAAUAAAAGUAUCAACUGUACCUUCUUCAGUGACAAUAAGAUUAGAUGCACUGCUGAGUUUACCCGAUACCAGUGAGAUGGUAUUACAUCCAGCCUGGCUCCUUUCCUGGAACAUAGUGCUCUGAAGAUCCAGUGACUGAACUCAUCAUAAAAUGUCCUUGAAAAUAAUAUGUCUAGUUCAAAUGUAUUUAAUUUUUAAAAAUAUUUGAAAAAGAUAAUAGAUUUGAAGCUCCUGACACAACUGGUGGGCAUAAUACAUUGCCAUUUAUCCAAUUGCUUGUUUCUAUAAACACAGUGACUAGUCUUGCAAGAGCUAUUACCGUAGCAACCCUCAUUUAUAAAGAAUUUAAUUUUUUUUUCUGUGUGAAUAGAACAGCCUGGGAACAGCUGGUCCAGCUGUUUGUAACACCAUUUAUCCAGAUAAUCAUCAGCUUACUGUUUUAAGCCUUGCAGUAAGCUGCAAAAUAGAAAAAUAUUUGUAUCUGAAUUUUUUUCUUUAAGUAGCAUGUCCAAAUUUAUUGGCAGUCAUACUUCCUUUUCUGGUUAUUAGAUUCAAUAUUUUUGUGGUCUAGAAUUAUUUACAGUAACUACUGGAGACAUCUGUGGAAAAGAACAUUCAUAUUUUGUGUUUUUUUUACUUAUGAGUAAGACUCCCUUUUUUUGUUAUUUGCUCAAUUCCCUGGACUUUUAUCCCAUACACAAAGUGUUGCUGAGAAGCAAGAGAACAACCAGCUCCAAGCCCAUGAAAGUAGCUUUCAUUCAAUUUUUAGCUUAUACCUGCGACAGGAACUUUGUGUCACACACUGUGACAGCUUUGCUUGGCAAUUCAGGGAAAGGAGUGGUGGGGCAGGAAAAAGGGAAAUUGCAGUAAUGAAUCCACAUCCCACUGGUUCAAGAUCUGGGAGACUGGGGUCAGUGCUCAAGUAUGCUUGAGCUGUGAAGUUUUGUUUCCUCAGAAUUCUUGAAGCCUGUCAGAUGCAGGCAUGUUGAUAGCUGGCUUGUAUCAGGGAUAUUGUUUCUUCAGGAAUUAUUAAUGAUGAUGGCAGCGACUGUUGUUAAGUUAAAAUCACAGGCAAAAUGCUUCUGUUAGGAUUCUAAGUUGCUGCUGUUUGUUUUAGUCAGUUAUUGAUGUGCCAAAACUCAGUGGCUGAUGAAAUGUUAGCUGUGCUGCAGUAUUUGUAAAUAGGGUGCCCUCUGAUCAGAUAAGAAAGAGAUUUUUACAUUGAGUAGAAAUAUGACCAAUAGAACCACCCUCGAAGUCUGAAUUGUCCUGCCCUUCUUUGAAAUCACAUUUCUUGUAAAUAAGAUUGAGUUGAAUGUAGCUGUACAGUGUGUCUUAUAUCGGCAUGUUUAUUGCCAAAUCGUUGCCUUUUUUAUAAAUUAUUUUUGCCUAAACUGGUACUACAAUGAAGGUGCCUUGUGUCAACAAUACAACUGAAUAGUUCUGGGAUAUACUGUUGGCAUGGUAGGGGUUUACAGGAAUUGUGCAUUUUAUUGUGCACAAUGUUACCAAUGGAUACAAGAGGCUGAACAGGAAACAGAAAACUUCUCCUCUCUGUCCAAUAUGUUGCUGGAGGUUUUCCUGCAUGGUGGAAGUCCUCAGCACCAACAACACUUUGUAAAAAUGAAUGUUGCUUCUUUCCUCUCCAUCCCUCUUGUUUGUUCUUCAUGUUGAGUAAUCUGUGUGCUUCAGACCACACUGUGAUACAGCAGUUCAGGUAAAAUGGCAAAAAGCUCGGACCAUACUUACAGCUAAGUCUGGGAUAAAACAAUAUCUGGAAGGUCAGACAGCAGUUUUGUACAUGUUCUUCCUUGAGCAGGCAGGUCUGUAGUCCUCACAGAGGAAGUAACACUGCCAGCAUGGAUGUUCUACCCUAACUAGUGGGGCUGUGGGUCAGCUUAGCAUGGGCAGUCAUUGAGAAUUAAACUAAUAGAGGCAAUCACUGUCUAGGGUCUAGUAUAUUACUCUCAAGUUAGACCAUGACCCUCACUAACAUUUACCAAUAAAAGUCCAUCGCUAACACUGGCUGUACAAAGAAGAACAGUUGAAUUCAUUUACCAUGAUUUAUAAAAAUUAAUUCAUUAAAAUCACAUUUUGACCGCACAUUUGUUUUUCAAUUUAUUUUUCCUUGCUAAUUUACUCCUCCCCAUUAGCCCACAAUCUUGAAAUUGGCUGAGCUACUGAAAAGAACUUGCCACAUUGCCACAUCAUUCAACAUGUUCAUGCUAAUCUUCUACAUCAGCUCCACUUUCCUAUCCUAUCCUAUCCCCACAGGCAAACCCGCAGAACCAAUAUAAACUGGGGAUUGAAGCUGAUCUCACUGAGUCAUUUUGCUGGUAACAGGACAUUCAUAAUUUUAAUGUCUGAAAUUGAGAUUUUUUUUCCCUUCUUCCCAAAGAACAGUUCAGGUUAAAGGUAAAGGUGAGAGAGGGGGGUGAUCUUUUAAAGUACUGAAUGAUAUUAGUUUACUUGCUGUGAAGUAUUUUAUACCUCCUCCAAUCUAGGCUCUCUGUCUGGUUCAAAGUUUAAAUGGAUGAAUGAGCAACGCCCAUGAAAAACAUCUUUUGGAAGGAUUUUCACAUGAGUUUCAUGUGGAAAUUCCAGUGACAUUAAUCUAGAAACUGGGGACCUUCACAUUUGACAAUCCACUGGGUUUCCCCACACCUCCGUUCAGUACAGCACAUACUUAGAGACUGAGCAUUUUGUGCCACUGUGCGCUGCUCUUGUUGAGGCUGGUGCUAGUGAACUGCUGUGCCUUGGUCUUACUGAGGCUGGUGCUGGUCAAUUAUUGAGUCGCUUUCUUAAGCAUACAUGUGAAAAUGCCAACAACAUCCUGGAAAUUAUGACAAGGGAAAGUGGGAGGAAAGAAUCAGCAAUUCAAGAAACAAUAUCUUUAAUGAGCCUAUAUUUUUGUACUACCUUGAAUGAAAUUGCAGGCUGAUAAUUAAAAUAACAAUCCGUAUAUUAGAUUAAUUUUAUCAUUAAUAUUGUUUAAAUAUUAAUCAACUAUAUUGUAUGUGAUUUGUACACAAGAAUACUUUGUUUUCUGAGAGUCCGAACAUUUUUAAAAGCAUACAGCAGGGUUUUACGACUUGUCUGGGUGAUGGUCUACACAUACUUGGUGAAGAACAAUUAAGAACCACUGAAAUUGUGAAUUCUGGUAUCAAAUUGCAAAUGUAUGUAAGACCUGAUGUAUCUAAUAACUAUAUACAGUAACCAAUGUAUUUCUUAAGCAUAGCACAAUCCCCUCACUCAUCCAGUAGGCAACUGUCUAAUGGUAUUAUCACUAGACUAUUAAUCCAGAGACCCAGUUAAUGUCCUGGGAACCUGGGUUCAAAUUCUACAAAAGCAGAUCGUGGAAUUUGAAUUUGAUAAAAAUCUGGAAUCAAGGGUCUAAUAAUGACCAUGAAUCUGUUGUCAGUUGUCAGAAAGAACAGUGCACUAAUUGUUCACUAAUGUUCUUUAGGCCUGCAUGUGACUCCGGACCCACAGUAAUAUGGUUAACUCUUAAUGCCCUCUAGGCAACUAUAGAUGGACAAUAAAUGCUGGUCUGGCCAGCGAUGCCUACAUCCUAUGAAUGAAUAGGACCAUACAUACACAUCUAACAGAAGCAACAUUUAAGCUCCAUCUCAUGGUCACACCGUCAAUCAUAUGGCUCAUUCCCUUGUCAUAGACACAUGUCCUUAUCAAGUCAUCAUAGUCCCAGAGGGCCAUAGAGCUGCUCUCUUAUCAGCCAGAGGUGGCUGGUAGAGGGUUUAACCUCAGUCACCUCACCUUGGCAAAGGGUGAGGUUGAGAAGGUGAUACCUUCAGUAUAAUCCCUGCCAGUGUGAGAAUUGAACCUAAGGUGAUACCACCGCUGUGCAUCACAAACCAGCCAUUCAACAAGCUUAGCUAACUGAAUCCUUCUUAAACAGUCCUCAAGUGCACAAAUAACACAUUCUACUUGCAGAGAUGGUAAGAGCUGCAGAUGCUGGAGUCAGAGAUAAUACAGUGUAGAGCUGGAGGAGCACAGCAGGUCAGGCAGCAUCAGAGGAGCAGGCAAGUUGACAUUUCGGAUCAGGACUCUUCUUCAGAAAGUUCCUCCCGCGCCAAACUGUUGUUUCUCAAUCUACUUGCAUAAGUGUGCAUGCAGAUUAUGCACCAAAUACAUAACAGAAUUAAUUCCUAAUCACAGCAGUUGCUCCCGAACUGUUACAGACAUGGUAGGAACUACAGAUGCUGGAGAAUCUGAGAUAACACGGUGUGAAGCUGGAUGAACAUGGCAGGCCAUGUAGCAUCAGAGGACCAGGAAAGCUGAGGUUUUGGGUCUAGACCCUUCUUCCUUUUUUUCCUGAAGAAGGGUCCAGACCUAAAACGUCAGCUUUCGUGGUCCUCUGAUGCUGCUUGGCCUGCUGUGUUCAUCCAGUUCUACACCUUGCUUGUGAUGUUUGGUCUGAGUGCCGAGCUAUCUGCCACUUGAAUUCCCCUGUUGUUACUGUAAGGACCAUUCCAUGAGACAGCCAGUUCACCAGCCUGAAUAUUGAAAAAGGCUGAUUGUGCAUCUACAGUUUGAUUUCUAAAAAAGUAGAAAAGGGAAUUUCUUCCAACUAUCAGUUUAGUACAAAGUCGUGAGUUAAUUCAUUGCUGGAACCAUUCUAGGAAAUCAGUAAUUUUUCAAUCAACUUGUAAAAUUUAAACAUGUUUUGCAAAUCACAGAAUAACAAUUAAUUUAUUUGAUUUUUAUGAAAGAAUCUAUAUAUUCUAGUUGAAAUGUUUGAAGGCCUCAUCAUCAGUGACACUAUUUGUUUGAAAGCCUGCAUCACAGCAGCAACCUGUCACUCACUGUAUUUUCAAAGUUACAUAGAUAAUUGAAAUCAAUUAGAGCCAAUUAAAUCAUUCCUGUCUUUUUCAACAUUGAUUCAAUCUGUGGAAACAAUUCCAAAUCUAUCCUGUUGAACGUAAAAGUCAUUGAACCAGACUGACCUUGGGAACCCUGUCUGUGUACCCCGUGUAUUCAUUCAGCAUUAAAACUGUCCAGUUUUAGGGCCAAAUAAAGACAUUUUAAGAUAAAA